UUUAUCACCGAAUGCUGUCGUUCAGCUGGGGGCUCGCUUGUUUUUGACCGGCCGGUAGCCGAACGGUUUGCCAAAGAUAUUUAGCGGAAAAGCGAACGUUUUCUUCCGCGUUGUGUUCAAGGAAACGCUGUUGAAUAGUUGGCCCAACUGGACAGCAUUCCUGGAGGACAUUUCAUCUAUCCCUCUUUCACUGUUUCUUGUACCUUCUAAAUUAAUUAUGGUUUCAGUACACUCUGCCUCAGCAGUUAAUAGUUGACAGCGUCAGUGUAAACGUGGACUCUGGAUUGAACAUAGUAAUAAAAUGCAUGUUAAGGGCGAGGCAAUGGGAAAUACAACGAUCAGAGGUGUGUUCUGAUUCCCAGCCAAGAUUUCUGACGUGCUUUCAAUAGUAACUGGGAAUGUAAAGAGAGGCAAACUCUGCCACCCGUAACCGCGUAGUUUUACUCGUCUGGAGCCGCCGAUGAGAUGAGUAUGAUUCGCUUGAAAUUCGUUCCUGAGAUUGACAGGAUGCCUACAUCCCUGGAAUGCUCGCACGAUUAAUCAGCUCCAACGAUCGAGCAGGCGGCGUUAAGAAUACCUCAUGGGAAUUUUGGUGUUCAUUUAGGGAAUGAGGUGUUCACUGACACUUCGCUUUCCUCUGUGAAUCUCGUGAAGAAAAAACUAACUUAUAAAUGAGACUUUCUUUGAUUGAAACUACUUAACUGGAUUUAUUAUACUUGGCAGCUUAAUCAUGGCACUUUAUGUAGAAGGUCUGAGUGAACGAGUGGCCCACAAAGGCAUGGCUCAGUUUCAGGAAAUGAUGCGGCAGCAGCUAGAAAGCUCCAUGGACACGGAGCUGGAGAAACUGGUGGACACGGUCUCAGGGACCGACAGAGACGUCUGCAAGAAGGACUUUAAGGGCUUCAAGAACCUCUUCCACAGAUUCCUGCAGGUAAAGGGGCCAUCUGUGGAAUGGCUCAAGAUCAAAAGGCCUCCAGAAGACUCUAUCCAGCCGUACGAUAAGAUCGCAGCCCGGGGUCUGCCGGACAGCGUGGCCGACAGCCUGAACAAGCUUGUGGUGGUGAAGCUGAACGGAGGUCUGGGCACCAGCAUGGGAUGUAAGGGCCCCAAGAGCCUGAUCAGCGUCCGCAACGAGAACACCUUCCUGGACCUCACCGUGAAGCAGAUAGAGCACCUGAACAAGACGUACAAUACCGACGUUCCCCUGGUCCUCAUGAACUCCUUCAACACAGAUGAAGACACUAAGAAAAUCCUGCAGAAGUACACACACCACCGGGUCAAGAUUCAUACCUUCAAUCAGAGCAGGUAUCCUCGCAUGCACAAAGAGUCUCUCCUUCCCGUGGCUGCGAACCUGAGCACGACGGGCCAAAACGCAGACGGCUGGUACCCUCCCGGUCACGGCGACAUCUACGCCAGCUUCUACAACUCGGGGCUGCUGGAGCAGCUGAUCGAGCAGGGCAAGGAGUACAUCUUUGUGUCCAACAUCGACAACCUGGGCGCCACCGUCGACCUGCACAUCCUGCACCACCUGGUCAGCCAGCCCAACGGCAAAGGCUGCGAGUUCGUCAUGGAGGUUACGGAUAAGACACGCGCUGAUGUAAAGGGAGGCACGCUGACCACGUACGAGGGGAAGCUGCGUCUGCUGGAGAUCGCCCAGGUCCCCAAAGCCCACGUGGACGAAUUCAAGUCGGUUUCGAAGUUUAAAAUCUUCAACACCAACAACCUGUGGAUCUCUCUGCCUGCUAUCAAGAGGCUGCAAGAGCAAAAUGCAAUGGACAUGGAGAUCAUUGUCAACCCAAAGACGCUCGACGGAGGGCUCAACGUCAUCCAACUGGAGACGGCGGUUGGCGCGGCGAUUAAAUGUUUCGACAACGCGCUGGGAAUAAACGUUCCCCGCAGCCGCUUCCUUCCUGUCAAGACCACGUCCGACCUGCUGCUGGUCAUGUCCAACCUGUACAGCCUGGAGGCCGGGUGUCUCACCAUGAGCCCCAAGAGAGAGUUCCCAACGACGCCUCACGUCAAACUGGGCAGCUCCUUCACCAAGGUUCAGGAGUACCUGACCCGCUUUGAGAGCAUUCCUGACAUGCUGGAGCUGGACCACCUGACUGUUUCUGGAGACGUCACAUUUGGGAAAAACGUGUCACUGAAGGGUACCGUCAUCAUCAUUGCCAACCACGGAGAUCGGAUUGACAUUCCGGCCGGCUCCAUGCUGGAAAACAAAAUAGUGUCUGGCAACCUCCGUAUCCUGGACCACUGAGGCCUUUUCUUAUCCCCUCACCACUCCUUCACUGUGCACCCCUUAUCAUGUGACGUGUCCUAAUCAUGUGACCCGUUUAUCCUGUUUGUCUGCUAAAAAAAACCGAUAGAAGCGAGUUCUCCUUCUAAAGGUUUAAAACUGAGAUAUACUGCCCUCUAGUGUUGAUCAGAGUUAAGUCAUAAUUGUCCCCCUAAUAAACCCUUGAUCUGUAGAUUGAGAAAACACCUUACUGAAAUAUAAUACCUUUUCUAAAUGUAGCUAUUCUAAACAUAAAAUCUACAUUAGUAGAUUCAAUGAUGGCACUAACAAUAUAUUUAGAAUGUAAAAUAUUAAAUGAUUUUGAUUGUCAGCUGGACUAUGGAGGUGUUUCAAAUAUUAAUUACAAGCAGAGACAUCAUUACAUUCCGCCAGGAGGGCAUACAUGUGGUGUAUGCCAUCCUGGCAGACAGAUAAGCAGCCUGAACACCGUAGAUUGAAAGUGUUUGAUUGAUUUAACAGCUCACAUUAAAAUGCAAUAUUGUGUAAUCUUGUUAAAAACAUGAAGAAACUGGCAGCACUCCUAAGGUUCACCCUACGGCUGGAGAAACGUAACUUCAAAUCAGCCUGAAAUCAGUAAAAAGUAUGAAAAUAAAAAGUGGAAUUUUACUAACUUAUAUAUGAGACAGUCGUUGAAAUUGAAACAUCCGCUAGGUUAACAUCAGAUCAGUGUUUAUGGAUAAGAGGUUAAAAGGAAUUCAUGAAUAUUUACCUCAGAUGUACCAGAAAUGUUAAAAAGCUUCACUUACUGUGAGAGAAAAGAAGCUAAAAUAAUUUGUAAACCUAAGUUAAAGAGCAAGUCGUGAUUUUUCACCACAUUUACCUUCAAACAGGCACAUUUUACACAUACAAGUGGUCAUUUGACCUCAUUCAAAUAUGAAUUUAAUAAUCAGACCUGCUGAAGGUCUAACAAAGGUACAUUUCUGAGAUUUUGGAGCCAUUAAAUAAUCCUGAGGUUGGCAGAUAGGUUGGUAGCUUGUCUCUAAAAACCAUGAAAACUGUGAAAGAUAUGUUCGUACUUCCAUUACAGACAUUCAAUGUCCAAUGAACCCUCUUCAACAUAACACAAGCUGAUGUGUUAUGUUCAUGUUUUUACAGCAGGAAACCUGACAGGUUCUUUAUUCUAGCAAGCUAUAGCUUCAUGUGUUUGUAAAAAGUGUGUCAUUUUCAACAAAAGGCCUUUAUUUUCCCCUAUGAGAUUAAAAAAGUCAGCUUUGUGCAUUGUUUGUGUUCCAUUGUAGCACGUUGUGUUGUCUGAUUCUUUACACUGCAAGACAAGAUGUGCAGUAUUUCCUGUUACUUUGGUUUACACACAAACAGGUUUUUAUUCAUUUCCAAAUCAUGUACACAAAGUUUUUGUGUGGGAAUAUUUGAGACGGGUUUGGCUUGUGCAUACAAAGAAGGAGCUUGAAAGCAAUAAGUGUUGAUCUGUGACAGCAACAAGCUGAAUAAAGUGCAAUAUGAAGUACCAAA